UUGCGGCCACCUGAGUUGUGCCCAGAGAUAGUAAAUGGAUAAUCUAGCAAUCAUUAUUGAUAGGAUUAGAUAUUGAAUCACUUACAAAUAUCUCUAAGCAUAUUUAUCCAAAAUCAGUAGGUCAUAGAUGAAAAUUCAUUGCAAUUACUCACUAGAUACACAUUGGCAAAACUUACCUCCAAAGUCCAAACCAACAAUUAUCCACUCUAUUAGCAACGUGUUUUAUGUCAGUUCGCCCACAUAUUUUGAGAUCCUUUCGUCUUAUGUAGGGAAAUGGAAUAUGAUGGUAUUGUACUUGAGUCCUGGUCAAGAUGGGUAGCUUAUGGCAUCUUACAUAAUUCAGAAAUGAGAAAUCUGGCAUUGCAAUUUGUAAAGCAACUUGGAGAAGCUAUGCAUGCUGUGCGCUUAGAAACGAAUGGCAAGACAAAUCUGCAGUUAGUUUAUGUGAUAGGCCCACCACGUACAGAUAAGCUGCAGGAGCAUGACUUUGGACCAGAAGAUUUACAAGCCCUUUAUGAUGCUGUAGAUAGUUUCUCUCUCAUGACUUAUGACCAUUCAAGUCCUUACAAUCCAGGUCCCAAUGCACCUCUGAAGUGGAUACGCUCUACGUUGCAUCUUCUUGUGGGUGCUGGCAGCAGAGGUAGGAGAUUGGCUGAAAAAAUCUUUGUGGGCAUCAACUUCUAUGGCAACGAUUUUGUCCUGUCAGGAGGUUUAGGUGGGGGGCCUAUCAUAGCACAUGAGUAUCUCUCUUUGCUGGAGCAGCACAAGCCGGUAAUUCAAUGGGAGGAGAACAGCGCUGAACAUUUCUUCUUGUACUCUGACAAUCAGAAUGUCCAGCAUGCUGUAUUCUACCCUUCACUCAUGUCACUUGCAAUGCGGCUUGAGGAAGCUCUUUCAUGGGGGGCAGGCAUUUCAAUUUGGGAAAUUGGUCAAGGUCUGGAAUACUUUUUUGAUAUUUUGUAGUGUUUUUCUUCUUCUUCUUCAUUUGGUGUUAGUGCUUAGUCUUACAUUUCCAUUUGUUUGAUUAAAUCGUAGAAAGAGACUGUUGGCACAUUUGGCGUAGAUUAGUUUCUGAAUCUAGAAAAGUAACAGCAAUAGCUGCUCUAUGUUUACAUUUUCA